AUCUCUAAACACAAAAUAGCACCAAUGCCAAUAAAAUAAAAUCUUGGAAAUAGUUUAAUUAUACGAAGUAAUACCAAAAAGAGUAAACAAAAUGAACAAAUAAUUGGAAACGUCAACUAAACUUAAAAAGUACAAAAAAACAAAAAAAACCCGAUUUUGAUUUAAAACCUAUUAAAACUAGCCCAAUUAUUGGUUAUUUUUCACAACUGCAAUAUCGAAUCUGUUUACGAUCAUACAUUCCAGAAUCUGUAUCUGGAGCCCCAGCCCCGGGUUCAAUUGGUGACUCAUACGUAGAUCUAAGGAAGUUCUCUUGUUUGUGCUGAUAAAGCCAAAAGGGAGAGGAAAUAAAACACUCGAAUCUAGAGACCUAGUAUUCAAUUGCUCACACCUACACCAAAGACGACGUACACAUACAUCAACAAAGAUCGAAAGCCAACAUAAUGCCGAUAUUAUAUAGCGUCAUUUCGCGGGGCACCACCGUGUUGGCCAAAUUUGCCGAUUGCGUUGGCAAUUUUGCUGAAGUAACCGAACAAGUUAUAGCGAAAAUUGGUAAUCAUAACCACAAGAUGAUCUACAAUCAUGGUGAUUAUUUGAUACAUUAUACCUGCGAGAAUAAACUCAUUUAUAUGUGUAUCACCGAUAAUCUAUUCGAUAAAACGAGAAGUUUUCUAUUCCUUUCGGAUAUUAAACAAACAUUCAUCCAAACCUAUGGACUUCAGGUGGCCACAGCAAUUUCCUACGCCAUGAACACAGAAUUCUCCAAGGUUCUGGCAGAGAAAAUGGUCUAUUAUAGUCAAUCGACUGAGGUGGAUAAAAUAUCGAGAGUUCAUGGUCAAAUCGAUGAAUUGAAGGAUAUUAUGGUUAAAAAUAUUGACAGUCUACGCGAUCGAGGUGAAAAAUUGGAACUGUUGGUCAAUAAGACUGAAAAUUUGAGCAAUAAUUCUGUGGCAUUCCGGAAAGCCUCACGUAAUUUGGCCCGUCAAAUGUUCUGGAAGAAAAUUCGUGUUUAUUUGGUUGUUGGUCUGCUUAUAGCCUUUAUUAUCUAUAUUAUUGUGAGCAUGGCCUGUGGUGGUCUAGCAUGGCAAGGAUGCUUAAAUUGAGGAGUCGUUGAAUCGUAUACUUUAUGUAUUUGUUAUAUUAUACCUAAAAAUAUUUUACACUUAAGCGCAUUAACCGCAAAACUUAUAUAUAAAUAUACAUCUGUAUAGAAAGAAAUGAAAUUGAUUUUAUAUUUGUCAAUAAUCUCUGUUCAAUGUAAAAAUAAAGAUAUAAUAUUUGUAUAAAAA